CUAUAAAAAGAGGCGUUUGGAUCCCCGCGAGCUGUAGCCCGGAGGCGAGGGUGGGCUUAGUGCAUGGCUAUUCCCUCUCUGCCUUAGCUAGAUCAAGCUAGCUCCUUUUCAUUCUUGGAGAAGGAUCGAUUAGGAAGAUAAGUUCUUCGCAAAUAUAGAUAGCUUCUUUUCUUAAUUUUCUCCUUCUCAGUUCUCGUUUUUUUCUUCUUGAUCGAAACCGAUCGAUCAUAUAUAUAGUUAGCUAGCAUCCUUGUUGUUUUUAAUCCCAAGGAUCUAGUUAAUUAAUUACUUCUUGCAAAUUUCAUGCAAAAACUGAUACACAGACACAAGUUCGAUAUAAUUUAAUUUCGAGCUUUGAUCAUAUCGUCCCCUUGAUCUUUUCCUUCUCUCUUUGGAAAUCCCAUCAAGGCUCCAUAUUUCCUUUUGUGGAAAAACGCCUUAGAUCGACGAUCUGAGCGAGAAAUUCGAAUUACUUUUCGUCUCCUCCUAGAGAUCAUCAUGGACAACGUUCUUCUGGAUCGCCGGUCUUCCGGGAGCUUCGAGUUCCCGAGGAGAGGCGGCGGAUUCCGGCCGGGGCACCUCGGCGGCGGCGCGACGCCGGCGAUGGCGCCACGCCAGCAAUACAAAGGUGGCGCGUGGAGCCAUGCAUCACUACCCGCGCUCCCGUACGCGAGGCCUCCGCUGUACUCGUCGCCGUCUCUGCCUCUCCUGCCGUCCAACCAGCCACCUCUCCUGCCGCUCCCACCCGCCGCCACCAAGUACGCCACUUUCCCGUACCCGCCUCCGCCGCAGCAGCCGCCGCGCAGCGGCAGAGCUAGUACUCCGUCGACGCGCCAGAGGGACAGGAGGAGGAAGCCGUCGAGGCCGCCGCCGUCGACGGAGACGACGAAGGGAGGAACACAGAAGAAGAAGCCGCUGGAGCGGGCAACGCCGCUGCCGCCGGCGCCGGCGGUGGCGGAGGCCCUGGACGACCUGGAGCAGGAGGUGGCCCGCAACUUCGUCCAGGACCUGCUGCACGUGCUCGCGCCGCCGCCGAGCAGCCUGCCGCUGCCCAGGUUCGUGAUCACGUCGUCGUCGUCGUCCCCCGCCGCCGGCAACAAGGUGGUGCCGCCUCCGCCGCCCGCCCCGUCAUGCAACGCCGAGGCGGCCGCCGCCGACAGCCUCCGCCGCGUCCUCCGCCUCUAGGAUCGAUCGAUCUAUCACACGGUGUGUCCUUGGAUCCUAGCUGUGCAUGACCUGUCUAAUUAAUGUGUCUAUUAUUAUUUCCCACCAAAAUUAUUUUCUUUGGUUGGGAAAAAGACGUACCGAAAGUAGGAGAAAAAAAAUAUUGGAAGAUAGAGAAGAAAAGUUGUGAUGCUCGAGCCAUGGUCGGUCGAGUUGUCCGGUAGCUUGACCGCGAUGUUGCGUUUUGGAUGGAUGCUAGCUCUGCACUCGUCAAUGGUGAGUCAGGUCGAUGAAGACGACGAUGUUGCCUAAGCUUAAUUUGUGUGUGUGAUAUAUGUUAUGCUAGCUACGUAGAUAUCUAGGGUUUUACGUCGCGUACAUGCGUAUGCAGUACGCACGUAGUGUAAUUGGGGUAUUCUUGAUGAUAUGGGGUGAUGAGUUUUUGGAUUAUUACCCUUGUAUCAAGAAAUUUACUAUGUACACAUGUGGUCUACUCUGUCUCCACAUGGUGAUGUACACAAGUGGCAUUAUUGAUGUAUGGUACGGUCUAGUUAUUAAUCAUAUGAAUGUGUGGGUGUGCUUGACAAAAUAUUGGAAUAUAUUGUGUUCUUGGAUGUA